UGCUUGCAAGGAUCGCCUGGCCUCCCUGGACGUAACGGAGUAAAUGGAUAUAAUGGGUUACCAGGCCGCGACGGCCGAGAUGGUGCCAAAGGAGAAAAGGGCGUGGCAGGUCCCUCUGGAUCACGUAGUAUGAAGGGAGAAAUGGGACCAAGUGGAACAGAUACUGAUCACAGAACUGGAAACAGUGCGCGUGGAAGACUAACGAUGGUCGUGAUAUUGGACUGAUUAAGGUUGGUUGAUUUUUGCUGUCUGUGGUUCGUUUAGAUUUAUCAUUAGCUAGUGUAUCUCCCAGUGAUGACAUAUAUCCUCAUACGAGUUAUUAUUCAGUGGUAUUUUUACAUAGGCGAAAAAAGGUCUUUUAAACAGACAUGGAAAUAAUCGGUGUUUCUGUUCUUGCAGGAUUGUCAGUUCACUAAGAUCAAGGAUGAUACUGCUCUUCGUGUUGUUUACCAGGGUAACGUCUAUGUGGGAGGGUGUGCUAACUGCUGUAAGCGAUGGUUCAUCACUUUCAACGGAGAGGAGUGCAGUGGUCCCCUGCCUAUUGACGCAGCGUUGUGGAUCCGAAAUAAAGACGAAGACAACCACAGACCCGGGUUCAUUGAGGGCUACUGUAACAACAUACACAAGGGCAAAAUCCGAGUUGGAAUCAAUAUUGGAAAUUGUGCAGGAUAUGGAAACUCCAAUGGCUAUACAGGCUGGAAUUCAGUGUCCCGUUUGAUCAUUGAAGAAGUCCCUCGUUCCCAGUGA